CUUUGCCCACGUGGGGCUGGGGCUGGGGCUGUGGCCGGCGCGGCGCGCAGGGCUUCCCUGCACUCUGCGCAGUGGGUUCGGCCGCAGACUCGCCGCGCCGCGACUGGGCCCAGGGGUGAGGAGGUCUGGCCGAGCGGUGCGGGAAGGGAAGAAUUUCGGCCCCGGGCAGGUCCGGGGGUCUCGGGACCCUGAGCUCGCGAAUGGACGUCGCUGCCCCGACCGUGGCGGACAGGAAGCUGGUGGUGGUUUUCGGAGCCACAGGUGCCCAGGGUGGCUCAGUGGCCCGAACACUCCUGGAAGAUGGGACAUUCAGGGUUCGAGUAGUGACCCGGGACACUGGGCAGAAGGCAGCAAAGGAGCUGAGGCUGCAAGGUGCAGAAGUGGUGCAGGGAGACCAGGAUGACCCAGCCAGCAUGGAGCUGGCCCUCACUGGGGUUUAUGCCACCUUCAUUGUGACCAACUACUGGGAGAAUUGCAGCCAAGAGCAGGAGGUUAAACAGGGAAAGCUGCUUGCUGAUCUGGCUAAGCACCUGGGCCUCCACUAUGUGGUCUACAGUGGCCUGGAGAACAUCAAGAAGCUGACAGCAGGGAGAUUAACAGCAGGCCACUUUGAUGGCAAAGGGGAGGUGGAGCAGUAUUUCCGGGACAUCGGUGUCCCUAUGACCAGUGUGAGGUUGCCCUGCUAUUUUGAGAACCUCCUCUCCUACUUCCUGCCCCAGAAAGCCUCUGAUGGAAAGAGCUACUUGCUGAGCUUGCCCAUGGGUGAUGUUCCCAUGGACGGUAUGGCUGUGGCCGACUUGGGUCCUGUGGUGCUCAGCCUACUGAAGAUGCCAGAAGAAUACAUUGGUCAGAACAUCGGGCUUAGCACAUGCAGGCACACUGCAGAGGAAUACGCUGCCCUACUCACCAAGCAUAUCGGCAAGACUGUGCGAGAUGCUAAGACAACUCCUGAGGACUACGAGAAGCUUGGCUUCCCAGGGGCCCAGGACUUGGCCAAUAUGUUCCGUUUCUAUGCCUUGAGACCUGACCGCAACAUUGACCUGACCUUUAAACUCAACCCCAAGGCCCGGACACUGGACCAGUGGCUAGAGCAGCACAAAGGGGACUUCGCCCAGCUGUGACCUGCCCACCUCACAACCCUGAACCAUAGGAUGGGAGGCAAGGUCAUCCUUUCUCAUGUUACCAAAAAAAUUUUUUUUUAAAUAAAGCUAUUGUUCUCACA